CAUACACAUUAACCAUCAAACACAUUUCUUUUCUUGCUUCCUCUGUUUCUUUCUUCAAUCUACUCUCUUUUUUUCACCUGCACUCUUGUGGGGUUUUUUUCUGAUGCAAUCAGUGUUGUUACGAGAUCAAAUCGGCUUCUUUUUCUUCUGCUUUGUUGUUUUGUUUCAUCUCUGCGUCUUUUUCGCUCUUUCUUCAGAGUUUUCUUUCCAGAAUCAGCUAUGCCUGCUCUUGUCAAUUACAGAGGGGAUGAUGAAUUCUAUUCUGCAGGCUCAGCAUGUUCUGCUGAUUCAGCUCUUUUCUUUUCUAUUGGUUCCAAUGUUGAUGUUUAUGGCCCGUCCAGGAAGAGGGCACGCAUUAGCAGCCCGUUUGCUUUUGAAAGCCAGAUGUUUGAGGAGCAGAAAUCUUCCAUUGAAAUUCUUCCUGAUGAAUGCCUUUUUGAGAUCUUCAGACACUUGCCAGGUGGCCAGGAGAGGAGUGCCGCAGCUUGUGUCUCGAAGCAUUGGCUCAUGCUCCUAAGCAGCGUCCGUAAUACUGAAAUUUACAGGAGCGAGAGCACUCAAACAGGACAGGAUGUAUGCAAGUCUAAGCAAGAUGUUGAGAUGACUACCGUUGAUGAAACUAGCGAGGAUGAUUGUGAGGGUUAUCUCACUAGGUGCGUAGAAGGAAAGAAGGCUACAGAUCUUAGACUUGCUGCUAUUGCAGUUGGAACAGCCACCCGUGGGGGACUUGGCAAGCUUUCAAUCCGGGGAAGCAACUCUGUUCGUGGAGUUACUGACCUAGGUAUCUCAGCAAUUGCCCAUGGGUGCCCUUCUCUUAGGGUUCUGUCGUUGUGGAACGUCCCUUUUGUUGGGGAUGAGGGUUUACUUAAGAUAGCUAGGGAGUGCCACCUUCUAGAGAAGCUUGAUCUAACCGAAUGCCCUUCAAUUUCUAACAAGGGUCUGGUCGCAAUUGCAGAAAAGUGUCCCAAUUUGACUGCAGUAACGAUUGAAUCAUGCCGGAAGAUAGGGAAUGAGAGUCUCCAGGCUAUUGGAAGGUGCUGCCCUAAUCUGCAGUCAAUCACUAUUAAGAAUUGCCCUCUUGUUGGGGAUCAGGGAGUUGCUAGUCUAUUGUCCUCGGCUUCUGCUGUUUUGUCAAAGGUCAGGAUUCAGGCUUUGAAUGUUACAGAUUUUUCUCUUGCUGUCAUUGGGCACUACGGAAAAGCCAUUACCAAUCUUGUUCUUGGCGGACUUCAGAAUGUGAGUCAAAAGGGUUUCUGGGCAUUGGGUAGCGCUAAGGGCCUGCAGUCUCUUGAAUCCUUGCUGAUUACCUCAUGCCGAGGGACCACUGAUGUGAGUCUUGAAGCCAUCGGAAAGGGGUGCCCAAAUUUGAAACAAAUGUCCCUCAAGAAGUGUUGCUUUGUAUCUGAUAAUGGGCUGGUGGCAUUUGUAAAAGUUGCAGAAUCUCUUAAGAGUUUGCAUUUGGAGGAGUGCAACAGAAUCACUCAGUUUGGCAUAUUAGGUGCACUGUCAAACUGCAUUUCAAAGUUAAAAUCUCUAGCUUUUGUGAAGUGCAUGGGAAUCAAGGAUUUAGCUCUGGAAACACCUGUUCUCACUCCUUGUGAAUCUCUUCGAUCCUUGAUCAUCCAGAAUUGUUUGGGUUUUGGUAGUGCUAGCUUGGCUAUUGUGGGGAAGUUGUGUCCUCAGCUUCAUCACCUGGACUUGAGUGGGCUUUGUGCGAUAACAGAUGAUGGCCUUCUACCACUGCUUGAGAGCUGCAAGGAUGGACUUGUUAAGGUGAAUUUGAGUGACUGCCUGAAUUUGACAGAUAAAGUGAUUGCAGCCUUGGCUAGGUUGCAUGGUGAAACCCUCGAAGUGCUGAAUCUUGAGGGGUGCAGGAAGCUUACUGAUGCAAGCUUGGCUGCCAUUGCAGACAACUGUUCGUUGCUCAGUGAUCUUGACGUUUCAAAGUGUUCUAUCAGUGAUGCUGGUGUUGCUGCUUUAUCCCGUGGAGUGCAGCAUAAUCUGCAAAUCCUUUCUUUGUCUGGUUGUUCCAACGUUUCAAACAAGAGUAUGCUUUCCCUUGGAAAACUAGGCCAGACCCUUGUAGGGUUAAAUAUCCAACAAUGCAAUUCUAUCAGCAGCAGCGCAAUUGAGCUGCUUUUGGAAAAUUUGUGGAGAUGUGAUAUCCUCUAUGGAGUCUAACACCUCUGUGCCAGAUUAAAUAUGCAGAUAGUGGUGUUGGGUAAGAAGGUGGCAGAUAGCACUGGAACAUAAUUCAGUACAAAUAUAAAUAACGGGAUAGCAGUAAUACUUGCGGCACAUCAUCAGCGUGAUUCCUUUGACCUCAGUGGCUCGGUUGUUUAACAGAAGACUAUGGCAGAUUGAUUUUUCUCACCAUUUUUUUGCAGGCUUCCUUGCCAAAAGGAACGUCUAAUUCAACUAUUUUGGUCCCCUUCAUGGGAGACUGACCCAUUUCAUGGCCAUGGUUUUCUGAGAAUAUCUUCACCCUGUCCUGGUUAGAGGUCUCCACUGGUGGCCCUCAAGUAUAUGCAGUACUAGUCUAGUGUUCUUUUUUACUAGUCCGCCGCCUGGCUGAGAUCAGGUCUGGGGUUCUUGUAUAUUUGUCAAGUAGGGUCUUGUUCUUGUUUUUGUUGUUGGCUCUGGCCAUUUCUUCAGCAUGAGUUGCUCAGUCCCAGGGGCUUUGGACAUGGCAGCUAGUCCUCUUGUUGCCAUCACAACCUUUGGUUGUUUUUUGUGCCAAGCCCCAGUUUUUGAUAGGAAGUCUUUCCUAUUUUCAUGAGCUUCUCAUUGCUGGUGUAAUGGUUUUGUUAUGAAAAAUAAAAAAAAUCAAAAAAAAAUCAAAAAACCAAAAAAUGAAAUAAAACUACUUAUUAAGUAGUGAA